AAUGGACAAAAGAAUUCCAACUCUCAAGAAAGCUUACAACUUCGCUGCUGCUGAAAGUGGCAAGGGUACCUGGCACAGAAACGUAAUCCUCAUGGCUGCUGGCCUUGCUCUUGCAUGGACUAUUGACAAGAGCACUGGAUUCAGUACUUUAGGAUGCAAUAGAACUCCUGUGAGAAAUCAAUACAAAUUCAGGCCAGACUACCUCACUGGUUCCCUCUUCAUGGCACAAAGGAAAGGUGUUCCAGAGUAUAAGCAUUUCUAAUUCAAGCGUUAGUGGGUAUUUCUUUGUGUUAUUCCAAUCAUCUAAGAAUCAAUAAUA